GAACUUUUGAAUGUUUUACAAUUAAACAACGUGCUUUUUCGGUGUCGAUUUGUUAAGCUUGGAUCCUUAUAAUUAUGCUACGCAGACAAACCCGCCUCCGACGGGAGUUUAUAUAUAGAAAGUCUAUAGAAGACAGGGAGAGAACUAUUCGAGACAAAAAGCAAAAGCUAAAGUCAGCUGUUGACAACAAUAAGAUGAUAGAUGGUACACUAAGGAAACAGGCAAUUGAACUAGAUAAUGCUACAGCAUGGGAUGAUGAAGGAGGUGAAGGAACAACCUCGACUCAGGAUGACGAAUAUAGAUGGGCGGGAGUUUCUGAUCCCAAACUAGUUCUGACGACAGCUAGAGAUCCUUCUGUCAGAUUAAAACAAUUUGCUAAGGAAAUGCGAUUGAUAUUCCCUAAUUGCAAGAGGAUAAAUAGAGGAAAUUAUGAUUUAAAGCAAUUAAUACAUGCCUGCCGAGCAAAUGAAGUUUCAGAUUUAGUCAUCUUAUCUGAACAUCGUGGAGUUCCUGACGGAAUAAUUAUAAGCCAUUUACCUUAUGGUCCAACCGCUUAUUUCACUCUCCUACAUACAGUUAUGAGGCAUGAUGUUCCAGAAGCUCAAAAUUCUAAAGUAUCAGAAGCUUUCCCUCAUCUCAUAUUUCAAAAUUUAACGUCAAAUCUCGGUAAACGUGUUACCAAUAUAUUAAAAUAUCUGUUCCCUGUUCCAAAAUCUGACUCAAGGAGAAUAAUAACUUUUUACAAUAAUGACGACACUAUAUCCUUCCGCCAUCAUACUUAUAAAAAAGAGGGUCCGAGUAAUGAACUAACAGAGGUUGGGCCUAGAUUUGAAAUGAAAUUAUUCAAAAUUAUCCAAGGUACAUUAGAAAAUGCUGACAGUGCUGACGUCGAAUGGGCUCACAGACCGUUUAUGAGAACGGCAAGAAAGAGAAAAUUUCUAUCAGAAGAGGAUGAUUAG